AUGUGUUCUCCCGUGAAACUUACGGCUCUGGCGCUGAUUUUUGCCCAGUUGUUAGGCGCAAUACAUUGUGGAGAAUACGAUAAUAUAGAUAAUUGGGUCAUAUCCUACAAAUCGAAGAAUUUCCCCGAAAACGCUGUUCUCGGCGGCUUUGAUCCGGCAGGCUAUAGAAAUUACGUGGGACGCACCUUGUAUAGCGCCUCUGUUGUGCCAGCACGUAUUAGAGCCGAGACUGGCUAUGUCACAUUUAACACCGAAUCAGUCGCUAAUACUGCGACCUUCUACGAAGUACUGGUUUCCAAUGCAACCCUCAGCUAUCAUUGGGUGCACAGUUUUGAUGGAUUCAGGGAGGAUAAUGCCGUCUGUGUUGGAACGAGCUCUACCGACGAACGCGUUUAUAUCUGCCGGGCCAAAACUGACGGUGGAUUGUUAAUUGGCACAUUGUAUCCAGAUAUAAGGACAUGCAUCAUCCGUUAUGAGAAUUUGCCCCUGAGAAAGUUCGAAAAAUACGAGGUGCUGGUUCGAAAAAAUAAAUCGGUAAAGUGGAUACCAUUCGAUAAUCAAAUUAAUUGAAAAGAUUGCCUUAUUAAAUGCUUGAAUGAGCUUCAAUGAACAUUAAUCAACAGAUUGUUUUGUUUAAUUUGUCUAAAGGUAUCAUAAAUUGUCCUAAAUUGGUAUAAAAAUAUAAAUAAAGAUAAUACUUACGAUAAUUGGUUAA